AUGACUGGGUCGGGAGCGUUGUUGGCUGCUCGGGAUGUUUGGUCCCACGCCUAUCGGAGCCCUUUGAUUGAGCGAGGCUACGCGAAGACAGGAAUUCUGGCUGGCAAACCUCUCCAGCCGAAUGUGCUCCUGGUGGAUCGUGCCCCGAGUCUUUUGCGCUCGAACGUCCCAAAGGCGGAAGUGGCUCUCGAAACGAAAGAGGCGAAACAGCUGCUCAAGGGCAUCUACAGCAUGCCGAACAAGACCGAGGUUUGUCCGGAGUGCAACAAAGCAACGCCGACGCACAUGCCUUACUGCGGGCAGUGCGGCGCCAAGAACAAAGGCUAUGAUGCUGCCAUGGCCGCUGCAUGCAAGGGCGGGCGAGCAAGCGGCAGAUCUAAGGAAGCAGAUCCAGUGCAUGAUGUGCCUGCUAUCAUCAAUGGCUUUGAGCCCAAGCACGUCCAGGAGCGGAAGCGCUUCAUGGGCGACCUGUUGUCCGAAAUGCGGCAGAGAAAGCGUGCGGCCACUUCUGACAAGCCCCAGCCACAGGACGUGGCUCCGGAGCAGGUUGUCGCAGCAGUGGCUGAGCCAGGGCAGUCCUCUUCAGCAGCACCUGCCGCAAGCGCUGCGCAGGCUGCGCAGGAGUCCGAUGUCGAGUUGGACCUGGAGGAGCCCGACGAUGUGGAAACCUUCAUCGUCAGCCAUUUCCCUUCCGCGGAUCAUUCCAAAGUCCGCCCUGUAGCCAAGUUUUACGUCAAGGAGUUGCGAUUGCAGGCGACAAAAAAGUCGCCGCUGUCGCACCUUGUGCAGAUGAAACUCGUGAAAGGGAAUAUGCUCCAGAGCAAAGCUGGCCGCAGUGCUUGGUUUGGAGCGCAGUCCGCCAAUCGAGCGGCGCGCAUUGUGACUGUCAAAGUCAAGGACACGAAGAAGGGGUGA